GCCGGCUCCAGAUAAUCUUCUCCUAGACCCUCACCACUCACGCUUUCACGCUGCCGUCCAAGAAGCAGAUGGCCUCCGCGACGCAGCAUCAUCGGCGCGCCAUGGCCGUCCUUGCCGUCCUCCUCGCAACCAUGGCCUCGCCCACGGCAACGCGCGCCGCCGCCGCGGCGGCGGGCGGCUGCGACGGCGACAAGUUCCCGGCGGGCCGGAGCUACGCGCAUUGCGCGGCGCUCCCGUACCUGGGCGCCAGGCUGCACUGGACCCACGACGCCAAGACCGGGUCCCUGUCCGUGGCGUUCGUGGCGAAGCCGGCGGGCGCGGGCGGCGCCGGGUGGGUGUCGUGGGCGAUCAACCCGACGGGCGAGGGCAUGAAGGGCGCGCAGGCGCUGGUGGCGCUCCGGCCCUCCCCGGCGGGGCCGUACGCCGUCAACACCUACAACAUCACGGGGUACAAGCCGUUCGGGGCCAACUCGACGGCCAUCUCGUUCAAGACCGCGGAACUCGCCGCCGACGAGAGCGCCGGGGAGGUGCGGCUCUACGGGAAGCUGCAGCUGGCACCCGGGACCGAGGUGGUGAACCACAUCUGGCAGGUGGGAUCCGCGGUCACCGGCGGCGCGCCGACCAAGCACGCCUUCGACAAGGACAACCUCCAGUCCAAGGGCAGGCUCGCGCUCUCCGGCGCCGCGCUCGCGCCAGCGCCAGCGCCGGCCGCCGCCGCCGGUGUCUCGUCGCCAGCGAAGGGCGGCAGCGGGGCAGCCUCCCCGUCCGGUGGGAAGCCGUCGGCGGCGACGGCCGCCGCGUCUGCUCCGGUGCUCAUGCUUCUGGCGUUGGCGGCGGGUUUCAUGGCGAUCGUAUGACCGAUCUCGUGGAGUUAACACAGUAUCGUGUUAGAGCGAGCAGUGCGUUGAGGUUUCGAUCAUCCUUAGCUAGCCGCGCGAGAGUUCAAAUUAAUUGUUGCUAGGCGAUGGCUUUUCUUUUUUUCCUGUUAUCUUUUUUAACACGCAGGCGUUCAUGUUCACUGUAUUGGAUUGUUAUCGUUGAAUGACUCCAACUCUCCAAGAGCUCCUGCCCAGAUGAAUUAGAAAGGAUUCUUUUUCUUCA